AUGGGUGUGUCCGAUGAGGAAGAAAAUGGUCCAUUGAGACCUUUGAUAGCCAAUCAAAACAACAAGGAAAUCAUAACAAGACAACAAUCAAAUAUUACUCCCCAAGUGAAAAAAUCAAAUGCUACAAUUGUACUAGAAAAAGAGGCCCACAAAAAGAAGCUAAAGAUGCUUCUUACACAUCUUCAACAAUUGGAAGCCAAGAUUGCGCAAACAACAGAAGCAGCAAAAAGACUUCCGUUCUUUAAUGAUCCCUCGGGUCGUCUAGAAGAGGAGCAAUCUACAAGGCGCUCGGCUGAUUCUCGUAGCCGUGUAAAUCCACAGAGCCUGACCGAUUUAGAUAUUACCAAAGCAGCCGCCCUCUGGCGCCAAAAGAUUGAUCUUCACCUUCAAUUAGCUGAUUGUUACCUCAAACUAAUCCAACUCGAUUAUAACUUUGCCGAAAAAAAGGGCCUUGAAAGCCUUUGUUGGAAACGUAUAUAUUCUCUUGUCGAACAAUUUCGACAUGCUCUCAAGGCACGAGCCGAACGAUUAGCACAAACUAACAAAUCAGCUCAAUCGGAAACAAAUGUUGCCCCUGUAGUCACAGAAACUGGAAUGACCCUAAUGUCGUUUUCUGAUGAUGAUGAAGAACAAGUGAAUCCCCUGGAACACUUGAGGAGAAAAGAAAUGUCAAUGAUUCACCAUUACCUACGCGAUUUUUUGGACAAGGCUGAUUUCUUUUAUCAACGUCUAUCAUUGCUGUUGAGAACUUUUGACCGAGAAGAUAAUGGUGACGAGCGAAAAGAAAGCCGUUUCCAGGCCUGGGGACAGUCCAGACGUCUUAAGUGGUACAGAUGUGUACCAAUCCGAGGUGAUUUGGCAAGGUACCGAUGGGCUUAUGCGGCAGGUAUUGGGGAUGAUAGCAAGAGUCAGACUGUUUCGCGUGAGAAAGCUCGUGAAGAUGCUUGGAGAUGGUAUGCACUCGGGUCUUGGCUUAUGCCUGCCACUGGAAAACUUUAUUUCCACCUAUCAUUGCUAGUCGGCGACAAUAGUCAAACAGCCCGCAAAGAAGUCAACGUGUUAAACGAGAUGCACAAACUCUAUUUCAGUACACGGAGCCUUAUGGUCCGCCGCAACGGAUUCUUGAACGCUCGCGAAGGAGUAGUAGUUUUAUUUGAAAAUAACCGUCGAUGGUUUACAAAGCAUCUUGAAACUGUGCAAUCUACGCAGCGCAAUAGCCGACAAAGACCUCGAAAAAAUGAUACACGACGCAACUUAAGAGAGGUAUUGCCAAGACAAGAAUCGGAAGCAAUGAGGAGUGAAGGAAUUGCAGGAAUGUUUGUUCGUCUUCAUGGAAUGCUUUUUACCAAAAUCGGAUUGGAUCAAUUUCCCCAAGUGAAGAGACGAUUUUUUGAUGCAUUAUUCCCUACUGAUAUACCACGAGAGGACCGCGUCCUUGUUAAAUCCGGAGAAAUGACCAAAGAUGGACUUCAGAGACCAAACAGCCGGACCCUGAGUGGAGAAGAAAUGUUUUGGUUCGAGAUGGCUAUCAUAUGUAUAUCUUCACUUCAUAGCUACGAUUAUUCUUCCUCCAAACUGUCUAAGCUUAUUUUGCUGAAUACUAGACGGCUUUAUGGUCAAGACUCUAAAGAGAAUGACACAUCGGUCGUACCGAGUGGGCCUUCUAGCCAGGCAUCAGGCGAUACUUAUGACUCUUUGGUAGAGGAUCUCAGGGAAAGCGUAAUAUUUGCGAGCAGUAUUGACCUCAUAUGCCAAAUCGCCAUCGAACUAUUCAGACGCUUUUUGGAUGAAAAUAUGGCAGAUGCAUGUACACCAAGCCUUCCUCCACUACCAAAUGUUCCGCAAAGCUUGCAUGAAAACGAUGGUUUUGUGUUUGGAACAUCUCAGACGGUGGAGGAGGAUAUGACAUCAAUUGAAGAGUCUGUAAAAGAGCCAUGGUUGCUUUAUAUCGAACUAUUACUUCAUUGGAUGGUUGUAAACUGCAUGUGUGCAAAACCUCCUUCGUCUCCAUAUGAUUUGCCAAAUAACCAGGUUAGUCUGUGGGAAGCCAUUGUGGGGCCAAUUGUGCCCGAUCUUAUUGAGAAAUCGAAGCAAGGUCCUGAAAUGCGGAAUGGGAUUCAAUCAAGUAUCUCCCCUGCAUUUUGGCCGCUUUUGCUUGAGUUCCUCAAUAAACUUCUGGCAUCACUUCCAGAAGAACACAAAUACGAUUUGGUCAAUAAGUACGUUAUGGAAGACGAUAAAGAAACCGAGUCCGAAGGCAAAGGAGUAGACGCUGCAGUCAAGGCCGAGUUAGCUUUCUCUCGCCUGAUUGUUAAGGUGCUUGGAGAUCGUCCUACACUACCAGAAGAAUCGCAUAUACUUGGGUUGGGUUGGGUUGAUGGUGUGACGAGCCGAUUGAUGAAGACUAUGCCGGAUAUAGACGAACUAACGAAAGACGAAUCAACAAAAGACAACGAAUGGAAUGUUGAAGAUCGUGUUUUGUAUCGCAAAAUAAAAGUGCUUGAAUACAGCUUCGCGUUGGCAAAGCAAAUGUCCCAUAUUUUUGAAUAUGACCCCGUAUAUGAAAAGUUUACUCCUGCGAAAUACGAAAGAUAUGAAACUGAGUUAGAGGAAAGCUUAGAAGCGGAAUAUCCACCUUUAACUACAGAGUCUAAUACUGGGAUGGAUCAAAUGGUUUCUUUCAAGGCUGUAAUGGCAGAAAUGGAUGAUGCUGUAUUACUAUCUAAUGAAACCGAUCCAUUGGAUGAAGAUGACGACGACCCGAUUGUUACCCAGCUGAAGAAGCGUCGCGAACAGCUCCAAACAUUAUUAGUUGCUGCUAAUGAGCAGAAGCGUUACGGUUAUCGAAAGCUUCCCACUCAAGUUAAAGAACGGGAGGCGCGCAUGAAUCAUUUGAGAGAAAAUGUUAUUCCUGGGAAGACAGUUCUUAUUCUGGAUACCAAUUGCUUUAUCGGACAUUUGGAGAACAUCAAGAACCUGUUUGCGGCCAAUAAAUGGUUAAUCGUUGUCCCUCUUGUUGUUGUUACUGAACUGGAUGGAAUAUCAAGCAACGCUGCUCCACUUGGCACUGUUGCUAUGAAUGCACUCAAACUUAUUGAAGAAACCCUGGCUAAAAAACAGCGAGUAAAUGGAUUGCGUGUCCAGACAUCCCACAACAAUUUUAUGUACGACAUAUCUAUUCGAUCCGAACAGUUUGUAUUUGGUGAAACAGAUAAGAAUCUCGAUGAUCUUGUUCUGUCAUCCUGUCUUUGGUGGACAAGACAACCAGAGCGUGUGUCUUCUCAGGGCAGCGUCGCCGCAUGUCUUGUUACAGGAGAUCGUAACUUGAGUGUAAAAGCACGGGCAAGAGAUGUCGAGGUGGUACCUGUCUCUGUAGUUAUGCAGUUGACUCCCAAAUAAUGGAAAGAGACGGGCAUGAAAGCGAUUUUUUUUUUCAAGUGAUAACAUAGUACUGACCAACACUCCAUAUGAACUGUUGUGGAAUAGCUAGACACUCUCUUAAGGCUCUUUUUAUGAAGACGAUAUGUGUCGACCUAAAAGAGCUUUCUUAAGCUCGUGUUCGAUGCCUUGUGCCCCUUUAUAGGAGGCAUUAAGUCAAGGUCACUCAUCAGACCGAUUUUAUAAACAGCCAUAACUUAUGUAUAACCCAAAUAGCCUAUUGAAAACAGC